AUGCAUCUUCGUCUCAUCCUUUUUGUCGCGUCGCUUUCUAAAUGCUGCGCAGACUCAUCCAGCCCGACCGAGCUGUUAGCUCAAAGCACGAAUGAUGAAGAGAUACCGGUAGAUGUUGCUCGUAACAGAACUGCCCAGUUCUUACGUGGGGUUCGCUCAGGAAAUGAAGCGAGAACGUCUGAGUGGAUAGACGCUGCAUUAAGUUUAGGACCGAGUACGAUGAAGUCAAUGGAAAAUAACGCUGCUGAGGGUACCUCUGCUGUUUCAGACAAUCUAAUGACUUUGGCUAGUGCACUGGUCAAUGCUGAGGACAACACUGCUGCUAUCAGGGCCAAGUCUACUGCUGUUAAGGCCAAGACCACUGCUAAUAGGGUCAAGGGUACUGCUUUUAAGGCCAAGGCUACUGCUUCUCGAGCCAAGGCUGCCAGGGCCAAGGCUACUGCUUCUCAAGCCAAGGCUGCAAGGGCCAAGGCCACGGCUACUGUUGCUACGGUCAAGCCUGAUGCUACUACUGGUGACAUAGCUACAUGGUCCAGUUUUCUGAAACAUCACCAUCCAAUAAGUUACACACCUUCGAUUGUGAAAGCUCCGGAAAAUUUAUCGCCGAAUUUCAACGAAGAUUUUCGGAAUAUCAAAAAAAGCGUUCGCAAGACACUAAAGUCGUGGUGGCCAUACUCACAAAAAAAAGUUUUUUUUGAGGUAUGUCCACCUUGCAAAAAAUUUCUCGCUCAAAAAGCAUUGGAAGACGAAAAAAAAGAAAACUUACUUAAGCUUUUGGCCUUUCUUGAGAAAAAUCCGGGUGUUAAGCAAGUUGUUGUCGUUUACUUUUUUGAAAUAUACGAGUUGGCUUAUUCCAAUGGAUUCUAG